AUGCAGCUGGAAAUCAAGCAAUUCCUGGAGAGAGUGUACGGGUUGAAGGUAGCUGCCAUCCAAACUGUCAACUACGAGGGCAAGAAGAAACGCCGAAAGACAGGCUACUUCCUGCGACCAGGAUACAAAAAGGCGUACGUGACCCUGAAGCCGCCCACACAGGCAUCACAGAGCUCUUAG